AAGCUCUCUCAGUCUCUCACUGUUUUAUCUUUUAGCUCUUGCAUAGACCAACAAUGGAGCUAUGCAUCAGUAGCUCUACGAAGCUCCUCAACAAGAACCCAUGUCGACCCCCUCACACCCUUAUCUGUUCAACCUCUGCUUCUUCUCUCAGAAACCCAGUUCUCCAAUUCAAGCACAGACCCUUCGGUUCUCUCAAGCUUCUCUCUCCUUCCCGCCUAAUCCACUACCUACAACCACUUCCAUUUCCUCGAAACCCGUGUCAUUUCGCUGCUUCAGCGUCUUCUUCUUCUUCUUCUUCUUCUUCGGUCGCUCUUGGCAAUGAAAAAGAAGAUCGGCUUCCGGCCGAUAUCGAGGUCGAGGAGACCGAAGAACCCAAUUGCAGGGUUAGAUUGAGUGUACAAGUUCCACCAGCUGUAUGCGAGGAUUGCUACAACAGAGUCAUAAAUGAGUUCAUGAAGAAAGCGAAGGUCCCUGGAUUUCGCCCCGGAAAGAUAGUUCCCGAAAGUAUUCUUGUAAAUUAUGUUGGGAAGAAAAAUGUCCAAAAGGCUACCGUUGAAUCUAUUUUAAAGAGGACACUUCCACAUGCCAUGUCCUCGGUAACAGGAACGGCUUUGAGAGAUUCAGUCCGCAUUGUAACCAAAUUUUCCGAGAUGGAGCAGACCUAUUCUUCUCUGAACUCUCUCAGAUAUGAUGUCAUUGUUGAUGUGGCACCUCAAGUUAAAUGGGUUCCUGAGAAUGGAUACAAGAACUUGAAGAUUGUUGUUGAAAUAGAUAGUGACAUAGAUGCUCAGAGGGCUUCUGAUCAAGAACUGAGACGACGUCACAAGUCCAUUGGUUUGCUGAGAAUUGUAACUGAUAGAGGAUUGCAGAUAGGUGAUGUUGCUGUCCUUGACAUAUCAGCAACAACAAUGGAUCAAGAUGAGGUUCAAAAGAUUCCAUCUGCAGAGAGUAAAGGUUUUCAUUUUGAUACAGAAGAUGGUGGUAAAGUACUUCCUGGUUUUCUUGAUUCCAUUAUAGGAAUUCAAGGAGGUGAAACAAAGACCUUUCCUCUUGUAUUUCCUGAAUCAUGGAAACAAGAAAAUCUCCGUGGUAUUCAUGCUCAAUUUACUGUUGAAUGCAAAGAACUAUUUUACAGAGACUUACCUGAGUUGGAUGACUCCCUUUCUGACAGGCUUCUUCAUGGAUGCACCACUCUGAAGCAGGUUAAGGAAUCAUUAUUACAGAGAUAUCUAGAAGUGGAGCAAACGGCUAGAGAACAAGCAACAGAUAAUGCGAUUCUAGACCAGCUUCAAAAGAUGGUCGAGGUUGAUGUUCCUCAAUCUUUGUUUGAGGAACAAGGUAGGCAGCUUUAUGGAGCCAAACUUCUAGAGAUACAGGCGAAUGUGAAACUAAAUGAACAACAGUUAGCUUCUCUAUCAAGUCCAAAGGCAGUAAACGAGUUUCUGGAACACCAGAAGGACAAUAUAUUGAAUGCAAUAAAACAGAAUUUGGCAGUUGGAGAUAUAUAUAAACGUGAAAAUUUGCAGUUUUCCGCGGAUGAGCUUGUGAAAGAGGUCGAGAACUCCAUUACUGAAUUUAAACGCCAAAGACAAGAAUAUGAUGAGGAGAGGAUUAGGGAACAGGUACAGGAGAUAAUGGAGGGAGCAAAGGUGCUUGAAUGGUUGAGAGAACAUGCAGAGAUUCAGUACAUAACCAGAUGAGAGAGAGAGAGAUAGAGAGCAGAACGCAUGCUUUAAAGAGGCACUGCUGGUACUCAAAAUUUUUGCCUCUCCUUUUAUGACAUUCUUCUUAGAAAAGAUUUUUUAUUUUUUUUUAAAAAAAAUGUUAAAUACAAUUCAAGAUUGUGAGAAAGAAAUUGUAUUCGGUUU